AUGCCUUCGCUUUCAACUCUCGUGACGGUCGUGUCAACUUUGGUUGCUGGGAUUUCUGCUUUGAGUGCUCAUAUCCACGAUGCUACCUUCAUUCCAGAUGUUGUGCUCAGAGUAUCGAGACAGGACAUCAGCGUUGCUGGGAUUGUACGAUACAGCACCUUAGUCAACGGCUCGAUGCCGGCGCCUGAGUUGAGAAUUCCGGAAAACCAGGUUGUGUGGAUUCGAGUACAUAACGACGUCGACGAUGCAAAUGCCACGAUCCAUUGGCACGGGAUAACAGAGGCUGCCUAUCCGUUCUCAGAUGGCACACCUCUCGCUAGUCAAUGGCCUAUCCCGCCGCAUCACUUCUUCGAUUAUGAGUUGAAGGCAGAUGUUGGGACAGCAGGCACUUACUUCUACCAUGCCCACGUCGGCUUCCAAGCCAUCUCAGCAACCGGCCCUUUGAUCGUGGAAAACGCCGAGCCACCUCCAUACGACUACGAUGGCGAGCGCAUCGUGUUCAUCCAAGAGCUCUUCAACCGCACAGACGAGGAGGUCGAAGAGGGUCUAGUCUCAACUCCGAUACGCUGGCCCGGCGAGCCCCAGAGCUGGCUGAUCAACGGCAAGGGGAUAUCCGAUUACGGCAUCGUUGAUCCCUCUACGGUGUUGCUAGACGUCAUCAACGUCGAGCCGGAGAAGACUUAUCGAUUCCGCUAUAUCGGUGCGCAUUCUCUAUCGUACGCGUCGUUUGCGUUCGAGAACCAUACCGACCUCGAAGUCAUCGAAGCAGAUGGCCACUAUACGAAGCCGUACCCCGUCGAGUUCCUGCAGCUCGGGGCGGGCCAACGAUUCAGCACGCUGGUGAAGACGAAGACAUGUGCUGAGCUCCAGGCAUUCGGCAAGCUGGAUUUCUACUUCCAGAUUGAAAGCCGAGACCGUACGGCUGUAGUAAGGAACUACGCGGUCCUCCGAUACGACGGGAGCAAAUGCGACCCCAUCUUAAGCGGCAACGGCACCCACGUGUCCACCAAAUCCAACCCCGCAAACGUGCCCAUCGCCCUGCCGCCAACCGUCAACGGCUAUCUCGAUUAUGUGCUGGCUCCCCUCGAAGCGAACGACUUCCCCACAGCAGCCGAAGUCACCCGUCGAAUCGUCAUCGACGUUCAGCAGAUCGUAGACGCGUGGAUCGAGUGGCGGGACAACAACGUGAGCUGGACCGAGGACGCCAAAGACCCGCUAGAGCACGCCACGCCGCCCGUGCCAUACCUCGUGGCGCUGUAUCUGAACGAGACGGCCUACAUCCCGAAUUACCCAAUGGCUAUCGCCAACGGGGGCCUCGAUCCCAGGACAAAGUCAUACCCCGCCAAGCUGGGCGAGGUUCUCGAGAUUGUGCUCCAGAACGUCGGCACGCGCACCUACGAUGGUUCUCCCGGCGGAGGCCUGGACACCCAUCCUUGGCAUAUGCACGGGAAGCACUAUUACGAUAUCGGGGCUGGCGAGGGGGCGUACGACCCGGCUGUAGCGGAGGCGAAGCUCCAAGGGACAACGCCCAUCCAGAGAGACACCACCAUGCUCUUCAGGUAUGAUGCGACGACGGGGGUCGGCGAGGUGCACGGAUGGAGGGCCUGGCGACUCCGAGUCGAAGAUGCAGGAGUGUGGAUGGCGCAUUGCCACAUCCUGCAGCACAUGGUGCAGGGCAUGCAGACGCCCUUCGUCUUUGGCGACAUGAAGGACAUUGUCACCGUCGGGAUUCCAGAAGUCCAAGGCUAUCUGACGUACGGUGGCGAUGUAUACGGCAAUAGCAGCCAUGCGCCGACGGUGAUCCAUUUCGACGAGUCCGAUUGA